UUCCAGAUGAUUGUCCCAUGGACAUGAAGACAUGGCUUCUUUUAAUAACUCAAAUAAUCCAACAGCCAGUCAGGGGCCUGCAACAUCUGAGAGCAACAACCUGCCGAUAGCAAAGCCAUCAUCAGGUUCAGCUUUUGGUAAACCCAAGGACUCUAGUAGCUCUAAAGAUAACCAGUUCAUGGAACAGUCUUUUCUUGUGAGACAUGAUGGAGUGACGACAGCUGCAGCAACCAAAGCUGAUCUGGAGCUGCUGGCACAAAAUAGAGGCAAUGCGAUGCAACGUUACAAGGAGAAGAAGAAAACACGGAGAUUAUUUGAUAUCUAGAUACGAGAAGCACAUACGGUACGAAUCAAGGAAGGCAAGAGCUGAUACCAGGAAGCGAGUGAAAGGUCGAUUUGUGAAGACUAUUGAAGCUCCUGAUGGUUGAAUCUUGUGCUGGGAUAAACUGCUCGUUGUGUCAGACACGUACUCGUGCGAGUGUAACAAAAGUGUUUUGCUUGAAAUAAUGCAGUAGAGUUGACAAAUGCCGGGGACGAAGGGGGGACUAGUAAUAGGUUGGUAGUUGUCGAUGCUUUGGUAAUGUAGGAUGAAUACUUGUCUCAGUCGUGUUCUGCUACAAGCUAACGGUGUUAGAAUUUAGAAAUCUGUUAAUAGCCAGUAGAGAACAGAAAAUGAUGCUGCUUUCGCCCUUGUACAAAAAUUGAAUGAGGGUUUUUUGGGUGAAGGUACUCGUAAUUAUCAUAACUAGUCAUUUUAUUUCUCUUUGAAAA